UGGCAGAAUGCUGUUGAGUGUUUUAGCUGUACUCUGUGCAUCAGCAGGAUGUCAGGCCAGACUGAGUGUUAGUGGAACCAAUCUUAAUUACAAUGGACAUCACAUAUUUUUAUCUGGUGCUAACCAGGCUUGGGUCCAUUAUGCACGCGACUUUGGCCAUAACCAGUACAGCAAAGGAAAAUCAACGUUUGAAUCGACCCUGAGUGACAUACAGAGUCAUGGUGGAAAUUCCGUCAGAGUAUGGCUGCAUAUUGAGGGAGAAUCAACACCCAAUUUUGACAACAAUGGGCACGUAACUGGUAUAGAUAAUACAUUGAUCAGUGACAUGAGGGCAUAUCUCCAGGCUGCCCAAAGACAUAACAUUUUAGUAUUCUUUACUCUCUGGAACGCUGCAGUAAAACAAAGUACACAUUAUCGUCUAAAUGGACUCAUGGUGGAUACAAGCAAACUUCAGUCAUACAUAGACCAUGCUCUAAAACCAAUGGCUAACGCUUUGAAAAAUGAAAAGGCCCUGGGUGGAUGGGAUAUAAUGAAUGAACCCGAGGGUGAAAUUAUACCAGGACAAAGCAGCUCCGAACCUUGUUUUGACACAAGACAUCUAUCGGGAUCUGGAGCAGGAUGGGCUGGCCAUCUGUAUAGUGCUCAAGAGAUCGGCAGAUUUGUGAACUGGCAAGCAGCAGCUAUUAAGGAAGUUGACCCAGGAGCAAUGGUUACAGUUGGAUCAUGGAACAUGAAAGCUGACACUGAUGCAAUGGGAUUUCAUAACUUGUAUAGUGACCACUGUCUUGUAAAAGCAGGAGGGAAGCAAAGCGGUACUCUGUCGUUUUAUCAAGUGCAUAGCUACGACUGGCAAAAUCAUUUUGGGAAUGAAUCUCCCUUCAAACAUUCCUUUUCCAACUUCCGACUUAAAAAGCCUAUGGUAAUUGGUGAAUUCAAUCACGAACACGGUGCUGGCAUGUCGAGUGAAUCCAUGUUUGAAUGGGCCUAUACAAAAGGUUAUUCCGGUGCAUGGACUUGGAGCAGGACUGAUGUCAGCUGGAGUAAUCAGCUACGCGGAAUGCAACAUCUGAAAUCCAGAACUGACCAUGGACAAGUUCAAUUUGGUCUUUAAUGAAAACUCUAUUAUAUGUCUGUUUAAGUAAAAUAUUGGGAUGUUUUUGUAAGGUUACCCACUGCCUGCGCAGAUCACAAGGAAUAAAUACUAGUUUUUGAAAUAUCACCCAAAACAAAUUAGAAUACUAAAUUCCUCAUGCAUAGCUUUUGCAAUAAAUAUUGCUGGAAAACAAACAUGUGCCAUGAAAUUUGUGUAUCUGCAACCAUUUGAGCCCUCAGAAUGCAAAAAGACAUUUUUUAAUACUUUCAGAAAAAAACUGAACAUUUGUACCCUGUUCUCUGCCUUAAAAUUUAUUUGAGGUCAUAUGCUAGAGGCAACAAUAGUUUAUCGAGUUCAAAUAUAGUAACUAUAGUUAAGAACAUACAAAGAAGGGUAAACAUUAAAAUCAGAGGGAACUCCUAACGGAGCAAUACCGGGUAUUUCGUCAAAGAAGCAUCUUAUACUAUGUUUGCGUCAAUUGCCAUGCAAAUCUACAGUCUGUUAAAAAGUCACAAUGCAUAUGCAGGUCAACAAUUAGGAUCUGUAGCUACACAUUAUACAAUUAUAUAUCAGUUAUCAAUUGUGUCAACUUUUCAAACCUACAGGCAUUGAAAAAUAUGAACAAUGAAACGGCACUUUCACAAAUUAUCCAUGGCUGCAAAGGUUUUGAUAUCAUAGUUUAAGGCAGUGUCGUUUAUCAUUGAUCGGCCAAAUUUGAAUACUUAGAAAUAAGAAGAUGUGGUAUGAGUGCCAAUGAGACAACUCUCCAUCCAAGUCACAAUGUGUAAAAAGUAAACGAUUAUAGGUCAAAGUACGGCCUUCAACACGGAGCCUUGGCUCCCACCGAACAGCAAGCUAUAAAGGGCCCCAAAAUGACUAGUGUAAAACAAUUCAAACAGGAAA